AUGCGUAAGCGCAAGAAAACAUCACCGAAAACAACACUGCAUGGACCAUUGACUAUGGGAGCGAUACGAUAUUUUCGAAAGAUCGUUUUUAGUUAUGAAUACGUCACUAUCCCCAGCAAAUUUGAAGACGCGUGUACCACAGUUUACAAACAUUCAUCCGCUAUUCGAAACUACAAUCCUUCUACAUUGCCUCCCAUUAAUUCUCCUAUAACAUUGUUAAAACCUACACAACCGUUGAAUAUACAAAUGACGGAUGAAGAUUAUGGUUUGCAUAAGGUAACUCAAAAUGUAGUUCAAGUACAUUACGUCGAUUGUACUCAUGUGACGAUAUUGAGAAACAAAAAAGUGUCAGCUGCAAUUAACGGGGAACCAUCCUUUCUUAUUUAAGGUAAUUAUUUAUGACAUUGAAAGAUGAAAAAGUGUCUCCUGUGAUUAACUGGGUACCACUGUUUCUAAUUUUAUGCUAUAAUUUAUGAAACAUUUGAUAUAAUUAAGAUUCUG